AUGGAUGAAGCCAGGGAUCCGGGAGGCCUGACUAAGGUGAUCUAUCUGCUGGUCUUGUCAGGGGCUUGGGGCAUGCAAAUGUGGAUAACCUUCGUCUCAGGCUUCCUGCUUUUCCCAGCCCUGCCUCGGCAUACCUUCGGCCUCGUGCAGAGCAAACUCUUCCCAUUCUACUUUCACAUCUGUAUGGUCUGUGCCUUCGUCAACUUUGGCAUCUUGGUUUCACAGCUUACCUGGGCCCAGCUCACAUUUUGGGAGACCAGCCAGUUCUGUCUGCUGCUCCUGUGCCUCUUGCUAGCAGUCAUCAACGCCCGGUGGCUUGAGCCACGAACCACCGCUGCCAUGUGGGCCAUGCAGGCCCUGGAGAAGGAUAGGGGCCUGGGCGGGGAGAUGCCAAGCAGCCGCGAGGGUCCUCACCCCUACCACCAGCUCCGAGAGCAGGACCCCAAGUACAGCAGCCUCCGCCGCAUCUUCUUCCGUUACCAUGGUUUCUCCAACCUGUGCAACCUGGGCUGCCUCCUGAGCAACGGCUUCUGCCUGGUUGGCCUCGCCCUGAGCCUCAACCACCUUUGA